CCCCAGCGGACGGAGAAAAGCUGCGGACUGAAUGUGAGUGGUGUUUUGGGGUUUUUGGUGUUUAUGAGCAGAAACUGAGACGGAAACUGAUCUCAGACUCUUCAUUCGGCGGUUUACGGUCAGAGUUAAAGGGGCUAAAGGAGGAAAGACGGAAAUAAACGGAGGAAAACUCUGAGUUUGAUCACCUGAGCCGGAUCUCACACCUGUUAGAGGAGCAGCGACUCUGUGCGUGUUUGUGUGGAGGAGCUGAGGCCAGUCUGAUCCAGGUGUCCUCCUCGCCAACCGUGAGCGAUGUUUGAAAAGCAGCCGUACGACAGCCCCCCUAUGUACAGUCCUCCGUCCAACGGCUUCGGACCCCCGGGUAGCUUCCAGCCCCCGCGGACCGAGAUGGAUGAGUACCCUCCCCCUCCCGGGUCCUACUUCGUGGGCGAGGAGAUUCCCCAGCACUUCUACAAAUGGUCCUCCCCGCCGGGCAUAGUGAAGAUCAUGGAAGGCGCUAUCGUGGUCUUGUGCUUGGGAAUUUUCGCCUGUGUUGCGUCCACGCUGGUCUGGGAUUUACAGUACGGUUAUGGUUACGGAACCGGGCUUGGGGUCGGUUACGGUACCGGCUAUGGUUCUGGAUACGGAUAUGGAAGCUACGGCUAUGGAGGCCUUGGCUCUGGCUACUAUGGAAGCGGAUACUACAACUACCCGACACCGUACACCGCCAAGACCGCAAUGAUCGCGAUGGCAGCCAUCAACUUUAUCGUGGCUCUAGGCUUCUUCGUGGCUAGUUUCUCCAAAACGAGGGCCGUGAGAAGCAAGAAGUUCUACCUAGCCGUGCUAGUGUGCAGCAUUGUUCUAGCCGUGCUUCAGGGCAUCAUAAACAUCGUCUACAUCGUGGGAGUCAACCCCAUGGCUCAGAGCUCUUCCAGCAUGCUCUACAACCCCAUGCUAAUGAUGUGCCAGAGUCUGUACGGGAACAGUGUGAGCGGAAUGGGAGCAGGAUUCCCGCUCUACAACCAGUACCUCUACCACUACUGCUACGUCGAUCCACAGGAGGCGGUGGCGAUGGUUUGUGGCUUUUUGGUUGUGAUUGCUCUGGCUGUGGCUGCCUUCUUCUCCUACAAGACGAGGAGUAAAAUCUGGCGCUAUGGAAAACCCAACGUUUACUGGGACGAGCCGCUGACCGGGGGGCCGGAGGGCAGAGACGUGGAGGACUGGGUCAAUAACGUUGACCAGGAUGGUCAGAGUACACAUGAGCAAUCAGUGAUGUUUUCAGAGAAAGGAGCUCUGCCCCUCAACAAGUCUCAGUCCCAGAGUGUCAGCUCCAUACCCCCAAAGAGUCUGGGGGGCUUCAGCAGUGACCCCUACACACCCCCAGCUUACUCUGACCGUUUGUUGGGCCGGUCAUAUGAGCCGGAGUAUCCAGUAGGUGGCGCUAGCUCCAGCCCCUCAGACAGAACAGACGGCGUGAGGAAACCCUCAGCGAACCGCGGUAAAAGACGCAGGAGAAACCCUGAACUGGACGAGUCUCAGUACGAGACUGAGUACACCACAGGCGGAGAGACAGGAAAUGAACUGGACCAGGACCACUGGAUGAGCAUGUACCCUGAGAUCACCUCAGACGCACAGCGGCAGGAGUACAAGAGGGAGUUCGACUCUGACCUGAGGAGAUACAAGCAGCUCUGCGCAGAGAUGGACGACAUCAACGACGACUUAAACAAACUGAGCCGAGAGCUGGACACGCUGGACGAGGGGACGACCAAAUACGAGGCCGUGGCAGAAGAGUUUAACCGGCUCAAAGACCUGAAACGGAUGCCGGACUAUCAGGAGAAGAAGCUGCAGUGUCGCCGGCUGCGCCACAAGCUGUUCCACGUCAAGCGCAUGGUGAAGAGUUACGACCGAGCCCAGCCUUAAAAAGCUCCUCUCUUUCCUCCUCAACACUCCCGAAUCCAAAAGCGAGGACUGUAGGCCAAAAAGCCUGUUUGUGUGUCUGUUCUGUGUGAAUGUAAAGCUACCAGGACCAGGAACAGCUCAGUCCGCUCUGCCUGUAGACUCGCCCAGCGCUGAUCAUUAACCACAGUGAUUAUAAACCAAACGCCGUCUCACCGCUGAUCAGGAAGUUAUUCCGCACGCCAGGAACUGUUUCUACACUUCCGCUUUCAGCUAAAGUGUCACUUUGGCCUCUUUUAUAAUGUAGAACCAAACGGUUCUGAGUAAGCGUUCCAGUGGGGGUUCCACACAAACUGUCAUCGCCACAUCUCGCCAAAACCAAAUUAUUUCAUCAAAUAAGCGAAAGCGGUGCACGAUUUUCAAUGCACCGUUCAGUAAAUGUCAGUCCAUCAAUCUGGCAACAGUUGCUAAAUGAUUAACAGCAUUGCUAACUAUGCCAGGCGCAGGUUAGCAUUAGCUUAGCUAGCAUGCUACCAGCUCUGCUCACUCAAAUUACUCAAAUUUGAGGAACCAAAGUCGGCAGCUGGUGUUGGAAGAACAGAAAGGCAGGAUUAAACCUGUUCAGUGGUGUUUGGAGCCUCCUAGCUAGGCUAAUGCUAACCUCUCCUUUAGCCUAGUUAGCUUUUCUAGUAUCCAACAGAUCCAAACACCGCAGUACCGGUUUGAUUGCGUCUGUUAUUGCGUAGACGAUAAACACUCACGUCUGAGAGAGCAGAGUCAACCGAACCUGUUCUGUGGUGUUUUGAGCUGUAGCCUGCUGAGCUAGGCUAAUGCUAGUGUAACGUUAGCAGGCUAAAGAUUCCACCCAGUGCAGUACAGGUGUGGUUCUAGAUAAAUGAUGUUCAAACAACACCCAUUGAGAGGAUGAAGACUCUAAGAGCACAGAAUCGAGUGACGGCUGUUGGAGUAACAGCCAAUCGAACAUGUUCUCUAGUGUUUAGCCUCUUAAGUUGUUAGCCUGUCAGCCAUUGCUAGGCCACUUUUGUGUGUAGUUUUUCUUCCGCACCAGCGUGGAACGGCACAGUACGGCCCUGAGAACCAUUCGGCUCUACAGUGGAAAAGGUUUUUCUGCCGUAAAGCCUCAGAGUAGCGAUGUAGCUGCAGACGACUCACAAUGAAGAAAAUACCCCCUCCCUCCUCCUUUGGCUCAUGAGCAAAUGAGAGACCACAGGUAUUGAAAAAUUCUAUCAAUACUCAUUUAAAGUCUCUCAUGACUGCUUUAUUUCAAGUGUUUUUAAUAUCGCCGGUUUUGUCUGCCAAAAAAAAGUCAUUCCAGCAGCUUUUUUACAUCUUAACUGAUGUUGAAAACAUUAGAACCCCAUAUGUAUUGACAGAUUCCAGUGAUGUUUUCUUUAGUCAUCAAUAAACCCUCCAAACUAUAAUAAACCCACACACUACAUCUCGACAUUACAAUAAACAGCCAGCCUGCCGGUAGAGCAUGUUAGCACGACUGAAACGUCCGCAGUAACACUCCUGUUAUGCCUGUAGAUGUGAGUAAAAAUAAACAUUACCUCUUACAGCACUGUUAGCUAAUCAGAGCGUUUCACUACUCUCUUAAAAACCAUGGUUCUUCAAGGGUUCUUUAGAAAAGAGUGUUUCUAUAUAGAACCAUAAACACUCAAAGAACCGUUUGCAUGCUUAAAUGGUUCUUCGCAUGGUCAAAUGGUUCUCGGAUUGAUGGAG